CAUUUUUUUUCUUACCACACGAUGAUUCAACGUAAACUCAAACUUGCAACCUACCGUUACAAUGAAAAAAAAUAUAGCAGAAUGUCAAGGGGGGUUACAUAUGUGAUAAAGAAUCAUACUGAUAACGAGUUGGCACUCAACGCCUGUGACGGUAGAAUUCAUACAUUUUUGUUGUUCUUCAAUUUUAUCAAACAGUAGUCCAUCGAGAGGACGUGAGGAAGAGAGCUGAUAAGUGGUUUUACACGAGGUAAUUCGAUUCUGUUAAAGUGAUUAAAAUGGACAAGAGCACAAAAUACCAAAAUCCGAGCCCACGAGGCAGAAGUAAUGUCCUGGAGAAAUUAUCUUUCUGGUGGCUGAAACCAUUAUUCGUUUACGGAAGGAGAAAUGAUUUGGAGGUGAAGGAUCUGCAUAAUACUUUGCCGCCUGACCUGAGUGAGCCGCUUGGAAAUACUCUGGAAGCAAAUUGGAACGACGAGAUUGCUGCUGCACGUCAGGCAGGGAGAAAACCAAAAUUCCUCAACGCAAUUAGGAAAACAUUCAUGUGGUCGUACAUGUACUACGGCGGACUGUUAUUAUUUAAUUCAAUAGUGAGUGUAUUACAGCCCUAUGUGCUCGGACUUCUUAUCAGCUUUUUUCCUCGGGACUCUACAAUCACGACAAACGAGGCCUAUAUCUAUGCAUCACUGGUCGUAAUAAUAUCAGCUAUUACGGCUGUGAUUGAUCACCAUUCAAAUCUGGGACAGAUGGAGAUAGGAAUGAGAUUGCGCAUAGCCAGUUCUUCCUUGAUUUAUCGAAAGAUCUUGAAGCUAUCCCGAAAUUCAGCAAACAGAACCGCCGGCGGUCAGAUAAUAAACUUAUUAUCCAACGAUGUGGCAAGAUUCGAUCAAGUAUUUACGCUUCUUCACAGUUUAUGGAUAAUUCCGAUUCAGAGUGCAGUAAUAGCAUAUUUAAUCUGGCAGAGUGUUGGCAUUGCCACUCUGGCAGGAAUUAUUCUUCUUUUGAUGCAAACCCUGCCCGUUCAAGGAUACUUGAGUAGAUUGACAGCCAGAUUGCAGGCCAAGGUGGCAGUGCGCACUGACGAGCGUGUCCGACUGAUGAGCGAGAUAAUAACGGGUGUUCAGGUGAUUAAAAUGUACACGUGGGAAAAGCCCUUCCUACGGUUAGUCUCACUGGCAAGGAAAUAUGAAAUUGAUGUUCUCACUGUUAAGUCAUAUUGGAGAGGAGGCAUUCGAGCAUCGCUAGUGUUCACUGAACGAACGACAUUGUUCUUUACAGUGAUGGCGUAUGUUCUUUUAGGACAUACUCUAUCAGCAGCCACGGUCUUCUCCAUGGCACAAUAUUUCAAUCGUCUGCAAGCCGGAGUAGCUCUAUACAUACCAAUGGCUUUGACAUAUGCAUCAGAGGCAACAGUCACGAUAAAGCGACUGGAGAAUUUCUUACUUCUGGAAGACAAUCAUCUGCUCGCUAUUGAACAAGCACCCGGUGAUGCAACUUCAAUCAGAAUAGAAAAAGUCUCCGCAUCUUGGAAUCAAGAGUCAGUAACGAGGACAUUAUCUGAUAUCGAUAUAACAAUGAAGUCAGGAACGGUGACGGCAGUGGUGGGUCCAGUCGGUGCAGGAAAAAGUUCUUUACUGCAAUUGAUUCUUGGAGAAAUGCAUUCCACUACCGGCCGCGUGACAGUUGGAGGAACAGUGUCAUAUGCUAGUCAGGAACCCUGGCUAUUCGGUGGAAGUGUGCGGAAUAAUAUACUCUUUGGACAGCCUUAUAAUGAGCCGAGAUAUCGUCAAGUGGUGCGUGCAUGUGCAUUGACCAGGGAUUUUCAUCAACUUCCGCAGGGUGAUAAAACACUGGUGGGUGAACGUGGUACAUCACUCAGUGGUGGACAACGAGCUAGAAUCAAUCUUGCAAGAGCUGUUUAUCGAGAAGCUGAUAUCUACCUCUUCGAUGAUCCUCUUUCAGCUGUUGACACACACGUUGGUAGAAAUUUAUUUGACGGAUGUAUUAUGGAAUAUUUGGCGGAUAAAACGAGAAUCCUAGUCACCCAUCAGGUGCAGUAUCUCAAGGAUGUUGAUUUCAUCAUCAUGUUGAAUCAUGGAGUUAUUGAAAAACAGGGAGGAUUCAAAGAUUUCGAAAAUGAUGAUUUUGCAUUGCUGCAUGGGGACGAUCGGACCGAAUUAGAAAAAAAGGAAACGAUUGUUGAACAUGUAGAUGAGAAAGUACCUCUCAUAUCUCAAGUAUCUCAUUUCUCGGAGAUUGAUAAGGACGAAAAUAUAGAGAAUGACGAGCCUGAGGAGACAGAAGAGUUAGUGGCUCGAGGGAAAAUCUCAAGGUCCCUAUUUUGGAAGUACUUUAAAUCUUCUGGCAGUUAUUUCCUCGUCCUCAUGUUUGUCAUAUUUUUGAUUUUGGGACAGUUGGGAAGCAGUGGCUCAGACUAUUGGCUCGCUUAUUGGACUAAUCAAGUAGAAUUGCAAACCAACAGCGAAACCAUGCAGCAUUAUUCACUGAGGAAUGGCACAUCCCAUACUCUGAAUGAUAUAAAUGUCACGUAUAUCGAGGAAGCAUCGACCGUAUCGAUAAAUUUGUUAAAUCCUGGAAAUCUUGACCAACAUUAUGAUAAUGAUAUGACUUUAUGGAUUUAUGGAAUAUUUGUAAUGACGUGCACUGUUUGCACUACAGCUAGGAAUAUUAUAUUCUACCAAAUUUGCAUGAAUGCUGGGAAAAAUAUUCAUAAUCUCAUGUUGGGAUGUCUACUGCAAGCACCAAUGAGAUUCUUCAACAGUAAUCCCUCAGGACGCAUAGUUAAUCGUUUCUCCAAGGACAUAGGAUGUGUUGAUGAACUCCUUCCCAACGCACUCAUCGAUUCAAUUCAAGUAUUUGCUGUGAUGAUAGGAAUAUUAUCCCAGGUUCUCAUUAUCAACUGGUGGACUAUUUUUCCCAUGGUAGUGAUGGGCUACUUCUAUUCGCAAAUAAGGACUCUCUUCUUGGCAACUGCCCAGGAUUUGAAACGACUGGAAGGAAUAACAAAGAGUCCAGUAUUUUCUCAUGUCAAUGCAUCUCUGGCUGGAUUGGCGACCAUUCGUUCAGCUGGAGGACAAGAGAUGUUGCGAAAGGAAUUUGAUAACCACCAGGAUGUUCACACCAGUGCUAACUCAUUGUUGAUCUCCACUAGUACAGCUUUUGGUCUUUGGCUGGAUGCCGUGACUCUUGUCUUCGUUGCUUUCAUCACUUAUAGUUUCAUCAUUCUCAAAAAUGAUUCAACAUUCGCUGGAGAUGUCGGUCUAGCAAUAUCCCAAAUUUUGAUACUCUGUGGUAUGCUCCAGUAUGGAAUGCGUCAAACUGCAGAAAUGGUGGCACAAAUGACAUCAGUAGAACGUGUCUUACAGUACACUAAGUUAGAAAAGGAAGGACCAUUUAACAGUGAAAUUAAUUGCAAACCCCCUGCAACCUGGCCUCUGAAGGGACAAAUUGAAUUUGAUCACGUUUAUUUGAGGUAUUCAGAGGAUGAAGAACCUGUUCUGAAAGACUUGAAUGUUACUAUUGAAUCAGGCAUGAAGGUCGGAAUUGUAGGCCACACAGGAGCUGGAAAAUCCUCCCUUAUAGCUGCACUCUUGAAUUUAGAAAAACUUGAAGGAAUAAUUCGUAUCGACGGAAUUGAUACUAAGAAGAUCGGUCUCCAUGACUUGAGAAGAAAAAUAUCGAUAAUACCACAGGAACCAAUGUUAUUUACAGCAACACUUCGCGAUAAUUUGGAUCCCUUCCAUCAAUUCAAGGACGAUCAACUCUGGUCUGCUCUCGAAGAAGUGGAGCUUAAGGCCCAGAGUCAGUCCUUAGAUUAUCUAGUCACACAAGGAGGGACGAAUUUCAGCGCUGGCCAGCGGCAAUUGUUGUGCUUAGCCCGAGCUAUUGUCAGGAAUAAUAAGAUUAUCAUUCUAGACGAAGCGACUGCCAAUAUUGACCCAACUACGGACGCUCUUAUACAGCGAACAAUUCGCGAUAAAUUCAAGGAUUGCACAGUUUUGACGAUAGCUCACAGACUCAAUACUGUUAUGGAUAGCGAUCGAAUUCUCGUGAUAGAGCACGGUAAAAUUGUAGAGUAUGACUAUCCUCAUGAACUCUUACGGAAAGAAGAUGGAUAUUUAACCAACAUGGCUAACGAAACUGGAAUUGUCAUGCUCAACAAAUUAAAAGCCAUAGCUGCACAAGCGUACAAAAGAAACCACCACAAAAUUAAUGAAAAAACAGUGUAAAACGUCAAAUGUCUUUGUCUUAUCCAUGUAAACUACGUAUACCACAAAAAUUAGACUGAAUAAAUAAAGAACAGCUGUUAAAUA